UCAACACCACCACUCUUUCUCUCUCAUACUCUCUUUCUCUCUCUCUCUCUCUCUCUCUCUCUCUCUAAAAUGGAGCCAUUUUCGCCGGAAUUAGACCUGGACAAUCUCAGAGCCAUCAAAGUCCUCGGAGAAGGAGCCAUGGGCACGGUCUUUCUUGUCCACGACCAGUCACUCGACCCGUCUGCCCGCUGCCCGUUCGCUCUCAAAGUCGUCGAGAAAUGCUCUCUCCACGCCGCUGACCGCCGUGCCCGCUGGGAGCUCUCCGUCCUGACCCGUUUAAGCAAACCCACCCACCCAUUUCUCCCCAAUUUACUCGGAUCUUUCGAGACUCCGGAAUUUCUGGGUUGGGCAGUACCGUACUGCCACGGUGGCGAUCUCAAUGUUCUCCGAUACCGUCAGACCGACCACGUGUUCUCUCCGGCGGUCAUCCGGUUCUACCUGGCUGAGAUCAUCUGCGCUCUCGACCACCUCCAUAGCAUGGGGAUCGUCUACCGAGACCUCAAACCCGAGAACGUCUUGAUUCAACAGUCGGGUCAUAUAACUCUAACCGACUUUGAUCUCUCUCGUAGCCUCGGACCCAGAAUUGCGAAUCCAAUUAUGGUCGACCCGGAUGAGAAACCUCGCCGUAAACACCGCCGGAAUCUGGCCCGGUUCGUUCCGGUGAAGUUUCCGGCUGGUUCGGCGUUGAAGAAAGCAAAAAGUGCUCGUGUUUCGCCGGUGAGUCGCCGGAAAAUGAGUUUUGAGAGAGGGGAGAGGUCGAAUUCGUUUGUGGGUACGGACGAGUACGUGUCGCCGGAGAUGGUUUCCGGCGAGGGGCACGAGUUCGCCGUCGAUUGGUGGGCCCUAGGAAUACUAGCGUACGAAAUGAUGUAUGGGAAGACGCCGUUUAAGGGAAAGAAUCGAAAAGAAACGUUUCACAACGUCGUUAUGAAAUCACCGGAGUUCACUGGGAAAAGGUCAGCAUUGACGGAUUUGAUCGGACGGCUGUUACAGAAGGAUCCUAUCAAGCGAAUGGGCUUCUCUAACGGCGCGUCCGAGAUCAAACAUCACGAAUUCUUUCGUGGAGUAAAGUGGGACUUAUUAACGGAGGUUGUACGGACACCGUUCUUGCCAUCACGAGAAGAAGACGGAGAAGAUUAUCUAACGGCAAAGUUAACGGCCAAUGGAUUUAAUGUGAGAGAAUAUUUUGAAAGAUUAGCAGUAUUGACCUCAUUUCCGUCAUCUCCACUAUCAUUAGAAGAGUCAUCAAAAAAAAUGAUUUUUUUCAAAAGUGAUUAUGGUUAUGUAAUAUUUUAUUUUUACACAUUUAAAUCGGUGUACAUAAAUUAAUGGCCGAAGGUUAAAAAUGGGGUUUAGUUCAAAAUAGUUUGUUAGAGAUGUAAUUGUGAAAAAAUUUCCAUUAGUAUUUUUUUUAAAUAA